ACCAUGGGUGAGUAUUCUUGUCCCGUCUGUUCGGGCUCAGAUCUCGAGCUCGUUCGUGGCCCCCCAAGUGGUCUCUAACAAUGCGGCAGUAUCAUGAUUGGUAUGGGUCAGAAGGACUCGUAUGUCGGCGAUGAGGCACAGUCGAAGCGUGGUAUCCUGACACUGCGUUACCCCAUCGAGCACGGUGUUGUCACCAACUGGGACGACAUGGAGAAGAUCUGGCACCACACUUUCUACAACGAGUUGCGUGUCGCCCCUGAGGAGCACCCCGUCCUGCUCACUGAGGCUCCCAUCAACCCCAAGUCCAACCGUGAGAAGAUGACCCAGAUCGUCUUCGAGACCUUCAACGCUCCCGCUUUCUACGUCUCCAUCCAGGCCGUCCUGUCUCUGUACGCUUCCGGUCGUACCACUGGUAUCGUGCUCGACUCCGGUGAUGGUGUCACCCACGUUGUCCCCAUCUACGAGGGUUUCGCCCUUCCCCACGCCAUUGCUCGUGUCGACAUGGCCGGUCGUGACUUGACCGACUACCUCAUGAAGAUUCUGGCUGAGCGCGGCUACUCUUUCUCCACCACCGCCGAGCGUGAAAUCGUUCGUGACAUCAAGGAGAAGCUCUGCUACGUCGCCCUUGACUUCGAGCAGGAGAUCCAGACCGCUGCCCAGAGCUCCAGCUUGGAGAAGUCCUACGAGCUUCCUGACGGUCAGGUCAUCACCAUCGGCAACGAGCGUUUCCGUGCUCCCGAGGCUCUCUUCCAGCCCUCCGUCUUGGGUCUGGAGUCCGGCGGUAUCCACGUCACCACCUACAACUCGGUCAUGAAGUGUGAUGUCGAUGUCCGUAAGGAUCUGUACGGAAACAUUGUCAUGUCUGGUGGUACUACCAUGUACCCCGGUCUGUCUGACCGUAUGCAGAAGGAGAUCACUGCCUUGGCCCCAUCCUCCAUGAAGGUCAAGAUCAUUGCUCCUCCCGAGCGAAAGUACUCUGUCUGGAUCGGUGGUUCCAUUCUUGCCUCCCUGUCGACCUUCCAGCAAAUGUGGAUCUCAAAGCAGGAGUACGACGAGAGCGGUCCUUCCAUCGUCCACCGCAAGUGCUUCUAAGCGCCUGUGGCUGACCGUACUCACUUCCCCCGUCCACUUUUCACGAGCUCACGACAAUACCGACAAGGUGAUGGUGAUGCAGGAUGCAGAGCUCCUCGUACCGAUGUGGAAGUGUUCCUCAAAAAGACGAAAUUCAUAUCUACGAAAAGUUCUAGUAAUGGUCGAGCGUUUGGGGUCUGUGUAUAGACAGGCU